AUUUUUUCCAGUCGCUAUUUUCACUCUUAUUGGUCGAACGCGCGCUAAAUGGUCGACGGUUUCAACGAGCGCAAAAGAGGGUUUACCGUACCGUAGGCCUAGCUGUAUACAGAAACAAAGAUCCAGACUACAAUAUUCAAUACAAUGGCUAGUAAGGAUAGAGAUAGGCACAGGGAUUAUAGCAGGGACCGUGACCGUGAGAGAACCCGUGACUUGCAUUCUGAUCGUCACAAAGAUAGAGGCAAAGACCGUGACAGGGAUCGAGGCAGGGAAAAAGAUCGUGAUCGAGAUAGACAUCGAGACAGGGAUAGGGAGAGAGACAAAGACCGAAAGAAGGAUAGAGAUAGAUCAAGACGAUCAUCGAAGUCACCAAUGAGAAAGUCUAAGAGUAUUCAGAAAGAAGAGGAAGAAGAGGAAGUGAAGCCUGAGAAGAAACAACCAAUCUCUCUUGAGGAGAUGAUUGCCAAGAAGAAUGCAGAGCAAGAGGCAUUAUCAAAGCCCAAAUUUUUGACAAAGGAGGAGAGAGCAAAGUUAGCUGUGGAGAGAAGACAAGCUGAAGUAGAAGCUCAAAGGAAAGCUUUGGAAGAGACUCGUAAUAAACAGCUGGAAUUUGAGAAAAUGGCACAGCAGGCCUCAGAGGAUCCUAGAGAGAAGGAGAGAAGAGAACGAAGAGAGAGGAGGAUGAGGGAAGAUGCUGGGGAUGAAGAAAAACUAUCAAGAGAUGAAAUCAAAGAGAAACAAGCAAUAAAGGACCGUUAUUUGGGAGUUGUAAAGAAGAAGAGGAGAGUUCGUCGUCUCAAUGAUCGGAAAUUUGUUUUUGAUUGGGAUGCAGGAGAAGAUACAUCAGCUGAUUUUAACCCUUUGUACAGAGAACAUCAUGAGAUCCAACUUUUUGGACGUGGGAGCGUUGCAGGAAUAGAUAUUAAAGCACAGAAGAAACAAUCCAAGUUCUAUCAAGAGAUCUUAGAACAACGAAGGACAGAACAGGAGAAAGACCAAGAAAAGAGCCGAUUAAAGAAGCAGAAGAAAAGAGAAGACAAACAAACAUGGGAUGAGAGACAUUGGAAACAGAAGAAACUAACUGAGAUGAAAGACAGAGAUUGGAGAAUCUUUAGAGAAGACUUCAACAUCUCAACUAAAGGAGGUCACAUACCAUCACCAAUCCGAUUUUGGGAUGAGUAUGGACUCCCUAAACAUAUUCUUGAUAUUAUCAAUGAUGUUGGUUAUAAGGACCCAACUCCUAUUCAAAGACAAGCCAUUCCAAUUGGUCUCCAGAAUCGUGAUGUUAUAGGUGUUGCUGAGACUGGUUCUGGGAAGACUGCUGCUUUUCUUAUUCCUCUUCUGGUAUGGAUCACUACCUUGCCAAAGAUUGAAAGAGAUGAUGAUGCUGAUCAAGGACCCUAUGCCAUCAUCCUAGCCCCAACACGUGAACUUGCACAACAAAUAGAAGAAGAAACUAUUAAAUUUGGUAAACCUCUCGGCAUCAGGACCGUUUCCAUCAUCGGCGGUAUCUCACGUGAAGAUCAAGGAUUCAAGCUCCGCCUUGGAUGUGAAAUCGUCAUAGCAACACCAGGACGUCUCAUUGAUGUUCUUGAGAAUAGAUACCUUGUUCUUGGUCAGUGUACCUACGUUGUUCUUGAUGAGGCUGAUCGAAUGAUUGAUAUGGGUUUUGAACCUGAUGUUCAGAAGAUUCUUGAAUACUUACCAGUGACCAAUCAGAAACCAGAUACAGAAGAGGCAGAAGAUGCUACCAAACUUCUUGCAAACUUUGCCUCAAAGAAGAAAUACAGACAGACUGUGAUGUUCACGGCCACCAUGCCUACGGCUGUAGAGCGUGUAGCACGAUCUUACUUGCGCCGACCUGCAGUGGUAUACAUUGGUUCAGUUGGCAAACCUGUUGAGAGUGUACAACAAAUAGUUUACAUGACAACCAAUCAAGAGAAGAGACAUAAACUAAUACAGCUUCUUGAGAAGGGUAUAGAUCCUCCUGUACUUAUCUUUGUCAAUCAGAAGAAGGGUGUUGAUGUCCUUGCAAAGAGCUUAGAAAAGAUGGGCUUCAAUGCAACUACUCUUCAUGGAGGUAAGAGUCAAGAGCAGCGUGAGUAUGCCCUGGCAUCCCUGAAAGCAGGAUUGAAGGAUAUCUUAGUAGCAACGGAUGUAGCUGGUCGUGGUAUUGACAUCAGGAAUGUUUCUCUCGUCAUUAACUUUGAUAUGGCCAAGAAUAUUGAAGACUACACCCAUCGUAUAGGGAGAACAGGAAGAGCUGGUAAGACUGGUACUGCUGUUACCUUCCUAACCCAAGAUGACAGCUCUGUAUUCUAUGACCUUAAGAAUGUCUUGAUGUCUAGUAACAAUUCAUCUUGUCCACCUGAGUUAGCAAGCCAUCCUGAGGCUCAGAACAAACCUGGUACAAUCAUGCAGAGGAAACGAAAAGAUGAAAAGAUAUUUGUCUCCUAAUGAGUGGAAAGGUCAGCAGACUAUUUAUUCUUUGGAGAUGAUUGACAGAUGAAUCACCACAUGACUCUUUACUUUGAUCCUGCCUUACAUUGUGUGAUUGAGUUAGACAGACUCUUAAUCAAAAUUGCAAUAAGAUUGUAACUGGAAUACACGUAGCUGACUAAUACCCCUUUCAUAUUGCGCUUUUCACCGGCGAAGUUCGCCAGCAAAGGGGAAAGUGUCAAGUAUGAAAGGUACA